CAUGGAAGGAAGAGGGCGGAGUGGGCAUUAGAAAGAAAUUACGGAGGCAUUCGUCCGCACAUUUCAACAAUUUUCAGAAACUUAAUGCCCACUUUCUUUAUUGUUUCUUUCUGUUUUCUUUUUUGGGGUGAAGAGUAAGCAGUUAAAGUAUAAAAUCUGCGGUCACCUGCUUUUCAGUUUUAUUGCAUUUCCCCCUUUUCCUGUGCUAGUGUUAUGUGUGAUGUUUUCUUCGGCAGUGUGGUCACUUCUCUCUCUCUCCUCCUUCCUCACUACUCUUCCCCGACACACACUCUCUCUCUCUCUACUCUUUCUCUCGCUGUGAGCCAGCUGGGGAGAGAGGUACCAUGGAGAUGCAGUUCUGGGCUUCCCGUUUUCAUUCCACCAAGCACCUCACUUAUUUGCAAACUGCCAGGCUCGGUUCCGAGUCAACCAUAAGCUUGGAUGGUACUGAGGGAGAUGAGGAUGUCAGGGCAUCAUUCCAGUGCCCUUUCUGUUAUGUAGAUAUUGAAGUACCCCUUCUCUGUAGCCACCUUCAUGAAGAACAUUGUUUUGAUGUGAAGAAUUCGGUAUGCCCCGUUUGUGCAGCAAGUUUAGGAAAGGACACAAUUGGACAUUUCACUGUUCAGCAUCCUCAUCUGUUAAAGAGGAGGAAAUCUCGUAAGGGACACUGGAAUAGUAGGGCAGUUAUGCGGGGGAAGGAAUUAGACAUUUCUUCAGCAAAUGGUGGAAGCAACAUGGCAGGUUCCUUAACUGAUCCACUGUUGUCACCAUUUCUAUGCAGCAUAAACCUUCCAGAUUCGAAUCAAAACAAAAUAUCAGGCUGCAAUUUGGAUAAAAAAAUCACUUCUAGUCCACCAGAUGCUAAAAGCAUCAAGGAAUGUAAUUCUAAUGGAGGAGAGGACCAAGAAGAUAUUGAGAGGGUUCAAAGGGCAGAAUGCAUUCAGCAGGUAGUCAUGUCAACAAUUUUCUGGGGUGGUUAUCCAGGUUGAGCUGAUGCCAUGCCAAGUCGGUUCCAUCAUUUUGUUGCAUGAUCUUGGUACUCGAUAAACUUGAGGCAGUUUAUAUUUGGGCCGUUUUCAGGCAGGCAAUGAAUAUAGGUGGUCUGGAUCACAAGGAACUUGUAGUUGCCAUGGAAACUAUGCAGUGUGGCCUUUUGCCAAUGUAGCUAUAUACGUAAUAAAGCAUGAACCCUAUGGCUGCUAAAGGGUAAGUCUUUGUUGUUAAUAAUAUACUCCAAAGUAAACUCGGGUUGCUCUUAUAUGAACUCUAUGAGCACACAAAUCGUCAAACAUCUGCUCUCUGAUAAUAGAUUAUGCAAAAUAAGAAACUGCAAAGCGUAUACCUCGGGUUGAAAGUUAAGUUCAACAGCAAAUGUUAUUAAUGUAUGCAUUAAUUUGGUUUGUCAUAAUUUGAUUAUAGUCCUCAGGAAUAAUGCCCUGACUAGUUCUGCAAAUUUGUCUAGUCUGGUAUUACUGUUUUGGCAUUCUUGGCUGUAGCAGAUGCAGUUGCAAUCCAACAUCCAAAAUAUAUGUUACCUGUA